CGCAGGCUGCAGGGGAGGCAGCGGGGCGCAUGCGCAGUGCGGCGGUGGGGAUUUCCAGCGGAACAUGAAGCAUUGGACAUGGUGUUUUUAAUGUGCGCUCCUCUCUGCAAACCCUGACCUUCAACCUACUGCGGGGUAAAGCCUGGCAGUAAGGGCUUAAUAAGGUGAGGACUCUCCAUCCAGCACCCAAAUCCCAAAACCUUCUCAUGUCCUGUUGAGGUGUUUUGGCUAAUGAGGAGCCCAGAGAUGCCCAUUACAGCAUGAAAGAGCCCUGGGCAAGGCGUACGCCCGAAUUAAACCAAGCACAUCUUCACUUUCAUUAUUGCAUAUCGCUCUUUUGGAGGAUGAUCGCAACUUGCUGAUUUUCCCCACCACACUGCACCGUUGUCCCAGGUCUUCCGGUGUCUAGUGGAAGAGAGGACUUGAGAUGGCAAGGGGUCCCGUUUAAAGAAACUCCUGGAUUGUAGGAUAAGAGGUUGCAUGCUACGCAGCCCACUGCCACCGAUGGAUGCCAAGUUGCGAGAAGAUCUAUUCCGCAGGUAUGUGGCGUCUUUGGAGAAUCGGCUUGAGGAGGGAGCCGGUGAAGGAGGAGGAGGAGCCAAGACCGAGGAGGCACUGAUUUCUACUGCAACAGCACUGCUUGGCUCAUACCAGCCCGAUCCAGGGCAGCGCUUUCGCAUGGUUCGAUUCUAUGAAAUGACUGAGAACUCCCUGAGGACUCAGAGAAGCGCAAACUUGCGGACAUUGGAGACGGCCUUUGCGACGCUGGAAACCAUCUGUUCCAACUUGCUGCUCUUUCCUUGGAAGAAAGAGUUCCGUUGCAUAAAGACCUUCACGGGGCCGUAUGUGUACCAACUGCAGUCGGUGAUAUGCGACGCAGACUUGCGUUCGCUGCUGCGUACCAUGGGCUAUUCAAGAGACCAGGAAUUACAGUACCACGUUAGGGACCAUCCAGGUGGAGCCUCCCACCUCCGGCAGCUCGCCUUCGAACUGCUCCUCGCCCAGGCUGAAUGCCGUCUGCUCGGCGAGGUGGUGUCCAUGUCUCGGGGCUUUGCCUCGGAGCUGGAGGCCAUGGAGGUGAGGAGGAACACCAGAGAAGAUGCAGCAGGGUGCGCUGACGCCCUCCGCCGACGAGACAGCCUUACAGGAGACUUGUCCCGCCUGUCGGUGCGGCCGGUGGAUAUUGACCGCGCCCACCUAAGGCGAAGCGGUCGGCCGUCCAAGUCGGUGGAUGUAACAGACAGUGCAGGACACUGGCACCAAGCCAGCAAGCCUGUGCUGAAGGCCUCGCUCAGCCUGCGCAAAGAGCCACUGUUCGUCGACACGGAAGAAGACUUGAAGGAUGAAAUCAUCCGACCAAGCCCUUCGCUUUACCCUGUGGCGGUGCCGCCCUCUUACAGCCCAGUGGCCGACUUCUUCCCGAUUCAGUCGCCCCCGUCUGAGCCAUACUCCUACCACUUGUCCUCCCUGGAUGAGGUGGACUUGUACACUGAACGGGGUUUGGGUGGCCACCAGACGCCCUCUAGGCCACAGAGCCGGGAGCCUCGAGAGUCCCGGGACAGUUGGGUUCUGAAGGGACAUGUGAUGAAGUGCCAGGGCUGCGGCAUGGGCUGUCCUUCGCUCUCCUCUUGCCAGAGGUGCGACAUGAUCUUGUGUUCGUCCUGCCAUGCAGUGGAACCGGCACCUUGUUGUGGCUUCCAGGAUUACACUAAAACUUCCCGCCCUUUGGAUGGCUACAUGCCCAUCAAGGAGAAGUUGUCCGUCUACUCCAACGCUCACUCGCACACUCACCCUCACCCACUUCCCCACGCUCAGUCCCACUCGCUUUUGCUGGACAAAGCUGUGAUGAGCACCAAGCUGUUUCCCAGUAAAGCCGUGGGUUCGGGCAGCAGUCCGGUGGUCAGCUCCAUCAGCAGUGGGGGUGAGCGGCUGAGUGUGGGUGGCUCCCGCUGUGGCUUUUGCAACAAGCCAGGGGCCUCUCACACCUGUGUGAACUGCUCCAAGGUGUCAUGUGAGAUGUGCAUGAACAGAGCAAAUAAAGUGUAA